AUGGCUACUGUACACCCCAGGAAGCUAUGGAUUGCAAAAAUGUCUGGGUCUGGAAGAUUGCCAGACUUGUCAUGUAGGUUUUCCAUGACCGACGAGGUCUGGUAUGUAGGACAUAGCAUGACAGAUUCUGAGAGACCUUUCUAAUGCCUAUACUGCAUGACAAACUCCCUCCCGACUUGGUCGAACCGGACGACUUUUGGUAAUCAUGCAACACAGAUUUUUGCAUGCUUGAGAUUUAGCAUGACAAGUUGCAUUCUUCCAUACCCAGACAUUUUUACAUUUGAUAGAAGCGCGACAGUUGUGGGAAACUUUGCAACGGAAGAACAAUAUACCGAUCGGGGGUGGAGAGCAGCUUGGAAACUUCGCACAAGUUACGGCGAGGGAAGUCGGGGGGGGAUGAACUACCCAGAAUGAUAGACGAAGCUUUUACUUUGAUAAAAGAACUUUUGGUUAUUUUCAUCGUACAACUCUUGAGUGCAAUAACAAUAACUUCGGGUGCCGCAACUCACUCUACUUCUUCCGAUGCCAGUAUAUAUAUCCAUCUGACACCGCUGCCGCACUACCACUAUGGCAUCAGUCAAUCUGAAUGUUACAGAGGCAACCUCAAGUCGCUCGGCUCUGCAAAAGAGUCCAUCUCGAUGUUUUUCUUCGCGGCAACAACACCAAGCAAGGGCAUCAGAAACCAAUGACUCAGUAGCUAGUGUGCAUCGCAGCUAU